AUGGAGGGAGAUGAAAGGGAAGAAGGGGACCCUCCAAGGGUUUCACGUUCAACCGCAAAAAGGGCGAGAAAGGUUUCUCUUGGUGAUAACGCAGAAGCUUCUGAAGUAGGAAUCUCAAAUGACUUCCUUCAAAAAGCAAAGAUAAUUCAAGAAAACCUCCGAAUAUACCUUACUAAAGCUGACAAAAGUAUUAAAAAUAAAGACCAAAACCACAUUAAUGGCAAAAUACAGUGGUUCAUUGACGCUAUUGAAUCGUUGGAGGAAAGGACAAAGCAGUACAAAGAUAAGAGUGAGGGCUUAUCUUUACUUGUCCAUAAAGCGGUUCAGGAAACACUUACCUCGCCUUCAGUACAUUCAAUGAUAACCAGCAUCGUAAUAGAGAAAACAGUGCCGAAGGUUAUAGAAUCUCUCUCAGGAACCACUAUAAAAUCUAAUGGUCCCCUCGCCAUCCCUGGAAAAAGCAACGAAUAG